AUGGGUCGUGGAAAAUUGAAUAUGAAAUUCAUUAUGAAAGAAAAAGUUCGAAUCUCGACGUAUGAAAAGCGUAAAAAGGGUUUGCUGAAAAAAGCCGAAGAAUUCUCAAUUCUGUGUGGCGUUGAGACGUGUGUGAUUAUUUAUGGUCCCAAAUCGAAUGAAAGUGCCACAAAGCUCGAGAUAUGGCCGCCGGUUCAUGCUGAAGUGAUGAACGUCAUCAACAAAUACAAAGCGAAGCCCUUGCACGUACGCGAAAGAAAAUGCUUUAACGUGCUUGAUUUCUUUGCGAUACACCAGAAGAAGCUCAACGAUGAGAUUUGCAAAUUGCGGAAAGCUAAUAGAGAAGCCAAGUUUACUACUUGGGAUGAUCGUAUCAACACCUUCUCGGUCAAUCAACUUUCGGAACUUCUGGUGAGAUUAGAAUCGAACCUGGAAACUGCAAAGAAUAGGAUCAAGAUGAUAAAGGGAAAUCAACAAUCUUUCAUUGAAGAUUCAAAACCUUUUAUUUUGGGUGGUCCUGAAACCCAGGUAAUCCAACCGACGCUCAACUUAUAUAAUCAAGCCCGAUCCUCGUUGUUCCAGAAGAAUUUGGACAUGGAAAUAAUAAAGCAGCAACAACAACGACAACAACCCAUGUUUACCGUGCCUUCAUAUCACCCUUUUAGCUCCAGUACAGAGGCUCUUCAAUGGCAGCCUUUCAAUCUAAACACUAUUGAGAAUCCGAUGACAAUGUUGCCCCCCAAUGGUACUUUUGAUUUCACUCAAAUAGGUGGAGAAUGUAGCAGCAAUAUAACUCAAAGGUCACUAUCACCACCACAGGCUUUUAAUUAUGAUCCGGCAGCAGUUCAAAUGGUCGACGUUUUGAGUAACCCUUGGCCAGGAGUCCCGAUUUGCUUUUACGGUCAAAUUAUGCCGCAAAUGACACCGUUUGUGCAGCCUUCCAUGUCCAGCUUUCCUGCUCAGUUCGACGAGACGUAUCGUAAUGCCGGUGAUCGGAGCAGAUCAUUGAAUAAGAAGCAAAAGUUUUAG